AUGCCAAGUGGCACCGUGCUCGCUUCCGCGGACGUCGUGCCUCGGAAAGGCGGCGGCGACUUGGUCGCUGUCAUCCAGACGCGCUCGCCGAGUGAGCGUGCGUUGGCGAUGGGCUGCGUGUGCGGGACGUCGUGCACGGUGUCGGUCAUGGGUGAAGAGCAUCCUUGCGAGCCGUUUGUCGGCGCGUGGGUCAGGAAGACUCGCGGCUUGCGAGCGUCGUCGACGGCUGCGAAUCGUGGAGAGCGGGAAGGAACGGCGCGCCGCACGAUCGCUCGACGCGCGCGAAUCCAGCCGGGUCUGGAGCAGUGAGCACACGUGUCUUGUAGUUGGGGAGUAGACGUACGUACGUAGACUCGCACAGGACGGUUGUGAUGCAUUUGGGCGCGCCGGCUGCACGUCGAAA